UGAUCUCGGUGUAUCGAUUAUUACGGCGGUGACACUACUGUUUAAGAUUACCUUUCAGGCACUGGGUUCAUCCUCGACGGUGAUAGUAGAGAUUAACUGGAGAAAAUCGGUAUCAGGAUUCAGGAGGAGUAAACGGCGCUUAAGGAAGCCACAGGAUAGCCAAUUUUGUUUGCGGCAAAAGGGAGGGGAAAGAUGUCGUGCAAUAUUCGGAAAGCAAUGUCAACGGAGGUGAAUGACGUGUCAACGGAACCCGGGGAAGAGGUGGUGAUCACCGGUGUUGCCGGUAGAUACCCGGAAUGCGAAAAUAUGAACAAACUGAGAGAUAAUCUGAUGAAUAAAGUAGAUCUGAUCACGGACAACUACGCUCGAUGGAGAUUAGAACACCCGGAGAUCCCUCGGGACGGCGGCAAACUCACCCGCUUGGAGAAGUUUGACGCGAUUUUUUUCGGUGUCCAUUACAAACAGGCUCAUACGUUGGACCCUAUGUGCAGAAUGUUGUUGGAGCACGCAUACGAAGCGAUCAUCGAUGCUGGAAUAAAUCCCCGGCUACUACGAGGAUCAAACACCGGGGUUAUCAUAGGAUCCUGCAUCAGCGAGGCGGAGAAGACUUGGUUCUAUGAAAAAUUACAGGCGAACGGUUUCGGAAUCACUGGAUGCAGCAGAGCCAUGUUGGCGAACAGGAUCUCCUACUUUUUAGGACUACACGGUCCAUCGUACGCGAUAGAUACAGCCUGCAGCUCGAGUUUGGUAGCAUUCGAUCAGGCUUAUAGGCUGAUACGAACGGGGGUGUGUGACCAGGUGAUUGUUGGCGGCGCGAACCUAUGCCUUCAUCCCUACGUGUCGCUUCAAUUCGCACGUCUUGGUGUUCUGUCCACGGACUGUCGUUCCAAGUCUUUCGAUGCCAGAGCGAACGGUUAUGUGAGGAGCGAGGCGGUCAGUGUGAUCUUCAUGCAAAAAGCGAAGGCUGCUAAAAGAAUUUACGCAACGGUGGUCCACACGAAAACGAAUUGCGACGGCUACAAAGAGCAAGGUAUCACGUUCCCUGCGAGCGGGAUCCAAAAGAUGUUGCUGGAAAACUUUUACCAAGAGUGCAAACUCUCGCCCACUUGUCUCUCCUUUCUGGAGGCUCACGGUACCGGCACCAGCGUUGGUGAUCCCGAGGAAUUGACCGCCAUUGACCAGGCCCUCUGCAAAGGUAGAAGCACACCCCUCAAGAUCGGUUCCAUCAAGUCCAAUAUGGGACAUACAGAGCCGGCCAGUGGUCUUUGCUCGGUGGCCAAGGUGAUAGUCGCAAUGGAGAGUGGCCUGCUUCCACCAAAUCUACACUUUCAGUCUCCUAUGAACGGUAUGAAAUGUUUCGAAGAGGGAAAGGUUCAGGUGGUAACAGAACCAACUCCAUGGAACGGUGGAUACGUGGGAAUAAACUCGUUCGGUUUUGGUGGCGUAAAUGCUCACGUCUUAUUGAAAUCUUUCGCCAAAGAGAAGGUGAACAACGGGGCGCCUUCCGAUCACUUGCCUAGGCUCGCAGCUGUGUCUGGUCGAACCAAAGCUGCUGUCGAGACCCUCUUGAAUCACGUUGAAAGUAUAGUACCAGUGGACGCGGAAUACGUUCGACUGUUCCAUGAAAUUCAUUCGGAAAAUAUCGCCGGUCACACGUUCAGGGGAUACACCGUUGUUGGGUCGAACGUGUUCGAAAAACCACCUAGGGAGAUUCAAGAAUUCUCGGGCAUGAUAAGGCCCAUUUGGUUUGUAUUCUCUGGAAUGGGAUCGCAGUGGCCCGGCAUGGGUGAAUCAUUGAUGAGGUUUCCAGUCUUCGUCGAAGCCAUAAGAAAAUGCGACGCUGCUUUGAAACCUUUUGGCGUGGAUAUCGUUCGUAUCAUCACGAACAAAGAUAAAAGGACUUUUGAUAACAUUUUGAAUUCGUUUGUUGGAAUUGCCGCGAUUCAGAUUGGUCUGGUGGAUCUGCUAACAUCUGUGGGGAUAGUACCCGACAACAUAAUCGGUCAUUCCGUUGGAGAACUGGGUUGUGCUUACGCCGAUGGAUGCUUCACCGCCGAGCAAAUGGUCCUGUCCGCUUAUUCUCGAGGUCUAGCGUCCAUCGAGACCGAAAUGAUUCACGGAUCCAUGGCGGCCGUUGGUCUGGGAUACGAGGAUAUAAAUGAUCUGUGCCCACCGGAUAUAGAAGUGGCUUGCCACAAUGGUCCGGACAGUUCCACCAUCAGUGGCCCGGCAGAGUCUAUGAAGAAGUUUGUCGCCGAGCUGCAGGCCAAUAAGAUCUUCGCGAAGGAAGUGCCGUGCAGUAACAUUGCCUAUCAUAGCCGGUACAUCGCGGCUGCGGGACCGAAACUUUUAACGUACCUGAAGAAAGUGAUUCCAGAACCGAAAGCCCGAACUUCCAAGUGGUUGAGUACAUCGGUGCCCCGCAAUCAAUGGUCCAGCCCGGAAGCACAGUUAUCUUCCGCGGAAUAUCACACCAAUAAUCUCCUGAACUCGGUUUUGUUCGCGGAAACUAGUACGAUGAUCCCUAAAGACGCGAUAACCAUCGAGAUCGCUCCGCACGGUCUUCUUCAGGCUAUCCUAAAGAGAUCAUUGGACCCGAACGUGACAAACGUUCCGUUGACCCAACGGGGUCACAACGAAAUUUAUCCUCCAGUUCAGUUCCCUGUUAGUCGUAGCACACCAAUGAUCUCUCCGCAUAUAAAGUGGGAACAUUCCGAUGAUUGGUUUGUACCGGUCUAUACGCAGCGUCAAAGAAUCACCACAUCGGAACGAGUGCUCGACAUCGUCCUGAAAGAUGAGAACUACGAAUACAUGGCCCACCACGUGAUCGACGGUAGAAACUUGGUCCCAGCUACGGGAUAUUUGAUCCUAGUGUGGGAGACCAUCAGUAUGUUAGAGGGAAAGCUAUACGACGAAGUACCCGUCGUGUUCGAGAAUAUCAAGUUCGAGCGUGCCACUACGAUUCCCAAGGAUGGCGGUGUCCGCUUAACCGUCAUGAUUCAUAGAGGUUCCGGAACAUUUGAAAUAUCCGAGGACACUACGACCGUAGUGACAGGACAGAUCCGCAAGAUAAACAAUCCGUCACAAGAGAUGAUUCCGGCCAAGCUACUGCCAGAGAUUGACGACGAAGAAGACUUGACAGUCACGGACAUUUACAAAGAGCUUAAACUCCGUGGUUACGAGUACGCCGGAGUGUUUCGUGGACUGAAGAGCGCAACGAUCAAGGGCACAAAGGGACACAUAGCGUGGAUGAAAAAUUGGGCCGCUUUUAUGGAUAAUAUGUUGCAAAUCAAAUUAUUGGGAUUCGACACCAGAGCUCUUUAUGUCCCUACAGCUAUACGGAAGAUAGUGAUAGACAUCAAGCGUCACAAUGAUAAGGUUCGAAACUUUACCGAGGAGACUAUUGAUCUACCGGUAUACGUGUACAACGACUAUGACGCUAUAGUUUCGGGAGGUAUAGAAAUCCGAGGGCUACAAGCAAACGCCAUUCAGCGACGGAAGAUAAUGGCAGUCCCGGUUCUAGAAGAGUAUAAAUUCGUAGCCCAUCGCGACAAAGCGGAAGUCAGUCUCGAGGAAAUGAUCGUAUUGUCUUCUCAAAUAGCUCUGGAAAGUAAUCUAAUCACGAACCCGAAGAUCAUCGAAUUGAUCAAUCACGAGGACAACCUACCCGCCGAGGAAGUGCUCGCGCCAACUUUCUUGAAGGUAUUGGGAGACCAGCCAAUGAUUCGACCGAGCACGAUACUUGCAGCAGAUUCGGAUCGAUGCGAGAAAUUCUCACUACCGGAAAACGUUACUGUGAUAGAGCCGAACAAGUUGCCAGAGGACAGCUCUAUCUUCAUGGCAGUCGCCUAUGAUAUUUUGACAAAGAAGAAGCAACACUUUCUGGAUCAGCUUUUGCUUGCGACUGUUGACAACGGAUUUAUUCUGACUAGAGAGACUACAGUGAACGGCAGCACUUACAGGCACCUUCAGGGAUAUGAAUUGAAUGUUGUCCUAGAAAAAAGUUACAACGGUCAAACAUUGUUGCUUCUAAAGAAGCAAGAGAAACCUCCUCAGAGGACAGAGGUCGUAUACGUGAACAAUGACGAGUUCAGCUGGCUGAACAAAGUGAAAGAAGUUCUGAAGAACGAAGAGGGAAAAAAAAGUAACGAACGAGACGUGAGAAUGGUAUUGGUUGCAGAAGGCGAUCCGGAGAACGGUGCUUUAGGUAUGGUCAAAUGUUUAAGAAGAGAACCCAACGGCGAGAUCGUCAAGACUGUAAUUAUACAAGACGAGAAUGCUCCUAAGUUCUCGUUGAACGAUCCGUUUUACGCUGAACAACUUGACAUCGAUAUUGGUAUUAAUAUUCUACGGCCAGGGAAAGUUUGGGGUACUUAUAGACAUCUACCCCUGCCAGCAUUGAAACCUGUUGCGGUAACGAAUGGCUACGCGAACAUAAAGAUCAGAGGCGAUCUGAGUUCCCUUCAAUGGGUAGAGGGUGCCAUCGAACCUAAUUCUAAAAACAAGGAUAGGCUCAUUAAAGUAGUCUAUUCUUCCCUCAACUUCAGGGACGUGAUGUUGGCUACUGGUAGAUUGAUGCCAGAAGCCAUCGUGAAAAACAGAGAGUUCAACGAGUGUUUGAUUGGAUUCGAGUUUAGUGGAAUAGACGCAAGUGGUCGUAGAGUAAUGGGCUUCGCUGAAAGCAGGGCUAUAUCGAACAUUGUUCUGUUAACGGAUUACAAUCUAUUUACUGUGCCAGACGGGUGGUCGUUAGAAGACGCGGCAACAGUUCCAAGUGCAUACUUGACCGUCUUCUAUGCAUUCUACUAUUUCGGAAAGUUAAAUAGGGGCGAGAAAGUUCUGAUCCACUCUGGGAGUGGUGCUGUCGGCCAAGCUGCGAUUAACGUAGCUCUCUCCGAGGGAUGUGAAGUAUUCACUACUGUGGGAUCGCCGGAGAAAAGACGAUUUAUCAGGGAAACAUUUCCAAGUAUCGAUGACGAUCACAUUGGUAAUUCUCGAGACACCAGUUUCGAGCAAAUGGUGAUGACACAUACCCACGGGAUGGGAGUGGAUAUUGUCUUGAAUUCGUUAGCGGAGGACAAGCUCCAGGCAUCUGUACGCUGCUUAGGAUACCACGGUCGUUUCCUGGAAAUUGGUAAAUUUGAUUUGGCGGCGAAUAAUCAUUUAGGGAUGAACAUCUUCUUGAAAGAAAUCAGCUUCCACGGAGUCAUGAUGGACAAUGUGAUUAGUGGUUUUAAUCCCAUCGUCCAGAAAAAGAUAUAUCAUUUCCUUAAAGAAUGUCUGGCCACUAAAACUAUAAAGCCGUUGAUGAGAAAAUGUUUCGAGAAGCACGAACUAGAGACUGCUUUUAGGUACAUGGCAUCUGGAAAGCACAUAGGAAAGAUUCUAAUCAAAGUGGGGGAUGAGAAGGAACCUCUGAUUCCACCGGUGCUCGCUUACCCAAGGUUCAACGCCAAACCAGACAAGAGUUACGUGAUUGUAGGAGGUCUGGGUGGCUUGGGACUGGAGCUUAUCGACUGGUUGGUACUUCGAGGUGCUAGGAACUUGGUGAUUGUUUCUCGCAACGGCGUACAAACUGGUUAUCAGCGAAUGAGGAUAGAAAUCUGGAAGUCUUACAACGUAAAGGUACUAAUAAUCUCCGGUGUAGACGCAUCGAAACCAGACGACUGCGAGUUCAUUUUAAGAUCCGCGGAAAACCACGCGCCAGUCGAAGGUAUCUUCAAUCUGGCUGCGUUAUUGAAAGAUUGCUUAUGCGUGAAUCAAACGGAAGAAACUUUCGCGGAAAGCAUGAAACCGAAGGCUGGCAUUACCAAGAUGCUGGACUUGCUGUCGAGAAAAAUCUGCCCAAAACUUCGCCACUUCGUGGUAUUCUCUUCUAUCUCGUGCGGAAGAGGAAGUCCUGGUCAAACCAAUUACGGUAUGGGCAACUCGGUGUUGGAAAGGAUAUGCGAGAGAAGAGUGCAGGAGGGUUUGCCGGGUAUGGCGAUAGAAUGGGGAGCUGUGGGAGACGUUGGUUUGGCGGCUAAACUGCUGGAAGAGAGAAAACAGCUUGUAGUCGGUGGAACUUUGCAACAGAGGAUAUCCUCGUGUUUAGAGGAACUAAACACAUUUCUAUGCCAAAGCCGACCGAUCGUGGCCAGCAUGGUGGUAGCAGAAAAACGUCCUAGCGCCAGCGAGGCUAGCACUGUUCUUGAAGCAGUAAUGGCCAUUAUGAGUAUAAAAGAUCUGAAAACCGUCGGCCAGAACACUUCCUUGGCGGAACUCGGAAUGGACUCCAUGAUGGCCGUGGAAAUAAAACAAACACUGGAGCGAGACUUUGAAGUAUUCCUGACUCCGCAGGAUAUACGGGUCUUAAACAUAGGCAAGCUCGCAGAGAUGUCCGCGAAAGAUGUGAAAAAGCAGAAGAAGCAUGUUGUAAAUACAACGGUGAAAACGGAACAACUGACUGGAAUGAAGCUGCUGAUACGAACGUUUAAUGUUUCGAUACUAGAUACAAAUUAUUGCGUGAAACUUCCGGUAAAAUCUAGUGUUAAAAAAAACGAAAUAUUCCUUGUACCGGGCAUUGAAGGAAAUGCCACGAUCUUCGCAUCCCUGGUACCAAAACUAAAGACGCCAGCUAGCUGUUUACAGAUGGGAGUAUACGAUACAGGGAUCACUAUAGAAGAGAUGGCGGAACGUCUUUUACCUUAUAUUCUCGAAAGAAGCAAACACCGAAGAGACUUCACGAUCGUUGGAUACUCGUAUGGUUCAUUGGUAGCAAUCGAACUUGUGAGGAGACUAGAAGCUCACUCCUUUGUUGGUCACCUCAUACUCAUAGAUGGAUCACCUGAUUACAUGAAUGCUAUAGUAGCGCAACAUCUUUGCACAACGACCGAAGCUAACUUACAAGACGACCUCCUAACCGGAAUAUUGUCUGUCACCGAUACGACCUCCGUAUCGCCGGAGUUUAAAUCCGAGUUGAACAAGUGCACAAACUGGGAAGAAAAGCUAGAGACACUGGUCGAAUAUACACCCCCUGAAAUACACAAACUUUAUUCUCCUGACGCUCAGAAAGCAAUUGCCACGUUCAUUUACAAACGCGUACAGACGUUGGACAAGUAUGACUAUAAUUCUUUACCACCACUCAGAACACCUAUAACGUUAUUGAAGCCAACAUCGUCAAGUGUGCAAAUGCCCGAUGAAGAUCGCGGAUUGAAAAAGUUAACGUAUGGAAAGGUAACAAUACACGAAGUAGAGGGUAACCACGCCACGAUGUUGGAAAAUAAUAAAAUCGCAUUAGCGCUUAAUGGCGAACCUGUGGAUGAUGUGCUAGCAUUCAAAGAGGAUCUAAAUGUCAUUAGUUCGGAAGUAGAACUACAAGGCAAUAAUGCCGGUUUCAUGGGUAUAUCAUGAGACAUUCAGAUAAUUUCUUGAUCAUUUUUCUGUAUUUUUCAUCGAUCAUGAAUAAAUGAGAAAUUCAAUGUUGACGAAACAUAUUGUCAUACUUUUAUGCAAAAUCGUCAUUCAUCGGUCAAACACUCGUGACAAAUACACUCGGAUAAUAAAACAAAUCAAAUUGUACCCUAGUACAAGAAUACAUUGGACUAAUUUAUAACUUGUACACAUCUAGUGUAAUGAACAAAACCAUCGCGAUACAAAUUAUUCGUUUCUUUUUCUAGUGCACUGUAGUUUUUCAUCCCAUCGAAUCGUGUAGUUCGCCCCCAUAUCGAACGAAAGUUAUAGCACAAGAAUUAGCAGCAGCAGCAGCAGCAGCAGCAGCAACAACAACAACAACAACAACAACAACAACAACAACAACAACACGUCUAACACAAUAAUUGUAAUUACAAUAAUACCGAGCCUAUAUCAUUACAUUCGUCAACGAAUGUCUUACUUAUUCUUUUUCUCUCGUCGUAUAUAGUGUUACAAAUCGUAUUUAGUGUUGGAGGGAACCGGUUCAUCUUACCCUUUUUGUAAUUUUCAUACAUGUACUGUGUUUUUUACAAUAAUCGGAGAUCUUAUGCAACAUAGUAAAUACACCUUCACUUUGGAUAUAAUAUAAUUCACUUAGUAAAAAGAAGGUUUCAUACCUUCAAUUAAUUUAUAAUAUUACACAAGUACGACAUCAUAGAAUAAAAAAUGUAAAGUGUGACAUUUUUUCUUUUUUGUCUUUCUCAUAAUCUGUGUACAAGAGUAGAACACCGUGCCAUA